AUGGCCUCAACUCUUACGGGGAAGCCCACCGCGCGGGAGAUCGAGGUUGCUGUCGAUCCCGAGCAACCAUAUAGCGAGAAGCGACAUGUCCCCUUGGACCUUGAUGACCCUCACCGCGCAGCACUAGAAGACAACCCUGCGCACGCAGAGAGAUUGACGUGGACCACGCUACUGGCUGUGAUUUCCCUUUCCUUCUCAUACGUCUGCCCCAUCUCCUGUGGCUUCGUUCUGGUGACCGGUAUCUUGGUUCCGAUCGGCGUUGAGCUCGGUGACACUGCCAAUAUCUCAUGGAUCGUUGGAGGCUGGUCAAUUGCCUCGUCGAUCAGUUUCUCCGUAGCCGGCGCCCUGUCCGACAUCUUCGGGCGACGAUGGACGAUCGUGUUGGGAGAAGUGAUUUCCAUUCUUGGAUCUAUCGUUGCGUGUACAGCCCAGACUACCUUGACAGUCAGUGCAGGAUCCACGAUCAUCGGCUUUGGCUGCGGAAUUGUUUUCGUGUCUUAUGCUGGCAUUCAAGAGCUAGUGCCUAACAAAUGGAGGGGACUGAUAGGGCUCACUGAGGUCGCCAUGACAGUUCCCUGGGCCAUUGCUGGAGUCUUGAUUGCGAACUCCCUGCAGUCCCAGACGGCUGCUGGGUGGCGAUGGUGCUACUACAUCGGCAUAAUUUUCGGGGUUCUAAGCACCAUUGGCACAAUUAUGUUCUACUUUCCACCUUCACGCCCACAAUACGACUAUGACAAGUCGCGAUGGGAGGAAAUCAAAGCUAUCGACUAUGUCGGCAUCCUCUUAUACACAGCCGGUCUCACAAUCAUGCUCAUUGGUCUCACUUGGGCAGGUACACCAGAUCACCCAUGGCGCUCUGCCUCGACAAUUGGACCAAUUGUUGUAGGUGCAUGUACGCUCGUCGCAUGCUUUGUUUACGAUUUCACGGUACCAAAGCAACCAUUCUUUCCACUCGAUUUAUUCCGCGAGGUUCGCGGUUUCACCGUGCUCCUUGUGGUGGUAUUUGUGGCUGGCGUUGUUUUCUACUCUUUUGCCGGCUUGCUUCCCCAGGGGUCACUCUACAUGUUUACGGCCGAUCCCGAGCAAAUCGGUAUAAUCGCACUGCCCAACGGCAUUUCUCAAUUCAUUUUUGGUGGAGUUGCCACCAUUAUAAUGGGCAAGGUCGGGCAUCUGAAGUUGCAGGUCAUCGCAAUGUUGUGCGUCCAAACGGCGUUCACCGCAGCAUACGCCGGCGUUGUGCCUGGUAACAGAGCCGGAUGGUCUGCCAUGCAGUUCUUUGGACAGGGAGCAUUCGCUUUGAUCACGCUUCUCUGUUACGUUAUUGCCGGACUCAACAUCCCUCUUCGCCAUCUUGGCUUGGCAUCCGGACUGAUUGGAACCUUCCGCAGUGCUGGAGGUAGCGUUGGCAACGCUGUCUUCAACACAAUCCUCAACGGCCUCGUCAAAGAACAGAUUCCCAAGCGACUUGCUGAGAUUGUGGAGGCCAACUCUAUGCCAGCAGACACUCUGAGCGUUCUCAUUCCAGCAACAAUGGAAAAUGCACUCGGUAUACCUCAUGCAUUCGACCUGGUGCCGGGAAUCACUCCGGAAAUACAAGCCAUGGCUGCUACAGCAUUCAAGGAAGCCUAUGCUUUUGCUUUCAAGCGGGUCUUUUACGCCUCGAUUCCGUUUGGUAUUCUUGCCAUCAUCGCCGCCAGUUUCAUUACCGAUCCUUCCAAGUAUUUGACCAACCACACGGCGGUGAGGAUGGAGCGAGAAGGUGUCAUGGGUCGAUCCAAGACAGCACAUUGA